AUGUACAAGUUGAAUAACAAAGGGGAAAGUAUUGCUCCUUGUGGAAUGCCGCACACCAAAGGCUGGCGUGUGGCUAUGCUUUCCCCAAGCACCACCCUCCGUCCCCCGCCGUGGAGAAAGGAGACACAAGCCCCUGCAAGCAAUCCUACAGACGCCCCCGCCCCCGCCGAGACCCUCCGCGCCGCGGCGCCCGCCUGCUCCAGCGCGCCAGCUGCCCUCCACCACGCGCAGGCGCAGCAGAGGCGUCGAGGCCGCAGAACUGUCCCAGGCGCGCGUGCGCACUUGCGCCGGCGGCCGCGUGCCGGGCAGGCGGGUGGGCGUGGCCAGGCGGCGCGGCGUUUCCCGCCCAGGAGCAGCGCCCGGCCCGUCGGCGGCGCCUCAGGAGCGGAGCGGCAAAGAAGGAAAGACGCGGCCCGGCGCGGCGCGGCCCGGCCCCUCCGUCGCCCGCCCGCCAUGUCGCCCGUCCGCAGCAGCCCGCCGGCUCCGCCUCGGUCGCCCGCCUUGCGUGGGGCUGGGGGCCGCGGCCCGGCGCGGCCCCGCCCAUCCCCGGAGGGCCCCCCCGGCGUCCAAGCGGCGCGCCUCGGCCGGGCCGGCAAGCGGGGCGCCCGGGCUGCCCUCCCGCGGCGGCGCUCGGGGGCCAAGCGGCCGCGGAAGCAGCAGCAGCAGCAGGAGGCGGAGGCGGAGGCCAGCCCGGCGGGGGACGCCCAGACGCGCCCGGAGCCCGGCGGCGGAGGCAACCUCUUCGAGGCGGUGAAGGCGGGCAAGAGCGCCACGGAGUCCGUCGUCGAUGAGUGGCUGGAGAGCUACAAGGAGGACCGGGAGCUGGGCUUCUUGGAGCUGCUCAAUUUCCUUGUCCAGUCCUGCGGCUGCAGAGGGGUGGUGACUUUUGAAAUGCUGAAGAGCCUGCAAAAUUCACAGAUCAUCCAGAGGCUGACAGAGUCGUUUGAUGAGGACUCAGCAGAGUAUCCGCUGUCUCUGAACACUCUGGCGUGGCGCCGUUUCCAGAGGGGUUUCUGUGAAGUGAUAGCCGUUCUUGUCCGCCACAUCCAGUUUGAUAUUGUCUAUGAUGAAUACCUCAUGGAUAGCCUCAUUGCUGUACUGACGGGCAUGUCUGACUCCCAAGUGCGUGCUUUUCGCCAUACCAGCACCCUGGCAGCCAUGAAGUUGAUGACAGGUUUGGUACAUGUGGCUGUGAGGGUCAGCCUGCAGAAAGACAACAGCCAGCGGCAGUACGAGGCAGAACGUGCCAAGGGAUUGAGCCGCCAGGCCCCAGAGAGACUGGAAGGGCUACUGGAACAGCGCAGGGAGUUCCAGGAGAAACAGGAAGAACUUGAGAACUUAAUGAAUGCUGUCUUCAAGGGAAUCUUUGUUCACCGCUAUCGGGACCUUGUUCCAGAAAUCCGCUCCAUUUGUGUGGAGGAGAUGGGUCAAUGGAUGCAGCGCUACAGCAUCUCCUUUCUGACUGACGGCUAUCUCAAGUACAUUGGCUGGACACUGCAUGACAAGCAGGGAGAGGUCCGUCUCAAGUGCUUACAGGCUUUGCAAGGGUUGUAUUGCAACCAGGAGAUGGCUUCUCGUAUGGAACUCUUCACCAGCCGUUUCAAGGAGCGGAUGGUGUCCAUGGCACUGGAUAAAGAGCCGCAGGUAGCAGUGGAAGCGGUCAGACUCCUGACUCUCAUCCUGCAGAACAUGGAGGAAGUGCUCAGGGACUCUGACUGCGAAAACAUCUUCCCACUUGUUUACGCUGCCAGCCGUCCUCUAGCUGUUGCUGCUGGAGAAUUCUUGUACAAGAAGCUGUUAGCACCUGAAGACUGUGCCAGGGAAGAAGAGGAGCGCCAUGAGGGAGCGCGAGCAUUCCUUCAGCGGCUGCUUUCCUUUUUCAUUGAAAGUGAGUUCCAUGACCACGCAACCUAUUUGGUGGAUAGCUUGUGGGACUGUGCAGCUGCCCUGCUGAAGGACUGGCAGGUGCUGACGGGGCUGUUGCUGGAGGAGCCGCCUGCGGAGGGGAUUGGUGACCAGCAGGAAAGCGCUCUCAUUAUGAUCUUAGUGGCCAGCAUGCGGCAAACCGCAGAGGGACAGCCACCAGUUGGCAGAAUCUCUGGUAAAAAGGCAUUAACAGCCCGGGAGCGCAAGGCACAAGCCGAGGACCGGUUGAAACUCACCCAGCACCUCAUCCCACUGCUGCCCCAGUUGUUGGCCAAGUUCUCAGCUGAUGUUGAGAAAGUAGUGCUUUUGUUGGAGGCCCCACGCUAUUUUGACCUGACGCUUUACAGUACUGGCCGUCUGGAGAAGUACUUGGAGCUGCUGGUGGCCCAACUGUGGGAGGUGGUUGAAAAACACACUGACAAGGAAGUGCUGGAGGCGGCUUCCAGGACUCUGUCUGGUCUUUGCCAUCCAGAAUUUGCCUUUUAUAGUCGUGUGGAUUCUGCCUGCAGCCGCUUUGUGGACCAUCUUGCUGACAAAUUCCAGCAUGAGGUUGCAGAACUCCUACAGUCCUCAGUUGUGGAGGAAGAGGAUGUCUACAGUCUGGCCGCCACUCUUAAGCGCAUUUCUGUCUUCCAGAGUGCUUACGACCUGACGCCGUGGUGUUUCUUUGAGCCCUGCAUCCACCUCCUACGCCGCGCAGUGGACACAGGCGAGGUCCCUAAGCAGGUGGUGAUUCCUGCUAUGACCUGCUCACAUUUCUCGCUCCUCUGGGAACUGACCCACUUCUCCAGUUUCAGUUCUUCCGGGCCUCCUCCCAGCCAGGUCCAGUUGCUUAGCUUGAAAGACAAGGUGACUUCCUUUUGCUCCCUCUGCCAGAGCUGCCUUUUUGAUCAUGACUAUGACAUCCAGGAGCAGGCCUUUGUGUUGCUGAGCGAUCUGCUCCUGAUCUUUGGCCCGCAGCUGGCACAAGGGGGCCAGGAAGUGCUGCAAGCGUUGGUGUAUCAGGCAGAGCCUGCUCUGCAGUCCCAGCUGGCUGGCUUCCUUAUGGACCAUAUCUUCAGUCCAGCCCAGGCUCCCGAGAGUGAUGAGGAGGAGGAGGAGGAGCUCCAGAUCGAGCGUCUGCACCAGCGCCGCAUCCUCCUGGCUGGGUUCUGCAAGCUCAUUGUCUACGGAGUCGUGGAGCUGAGUGCCGCGUCGGAUGUCUUUAAGCACUACGCCAAGUUCUACAAUGAUUACGGGGACAUCAUCAAGGAGACGCUGAAUCGGGCCCGUCAAAUUGACCGGGCCGAGUGGGCCCAUACGCUUCUUCUCAGCUUGCAGCAGUUGCUGACACAGCUGCUUCUGGAGCAGGGACCAGCAGGCAUAGAGUCUGCUGCCUUUCUCGAGAUCCGAGACCUGGCCCGCCGGUUCUCGCUGCUGUUUGGGCUGCAUCGGCUACAGAACCGCUCGGCCCUCGUCACUCUGCACAAGGAUGGAAUAAAGUUUGCAUUCCAGGAGACAGGAUCUCCCAGUUCCAAGCUGGGACUCGUCAACUUGCCAUUUCUGGAGUUGCUGAGUGAAUUUUCCCCACGGCUGCUGUAUCCUGACAAAGCGUUGCUCCUGUCCUAUUUAAAGAAGAUCAGCCAAGCACAUGCCAGCCACAGAGGGGAGCUCUGCUGGGCAUCCUUCACGGUGUAUCAGCACUCCCUGAUCCCGCAGGAGGGUGUGUCCUCCCCGCCCAGUUCAGCCACCAAGAAGAGAGAAGGAUCAGCAACCAAGAGGAGACGCCUGGAGGAAUCAUCUGAACCGGGCAGUUCGGGCCUCCACUUGGACAGCCGUCUGCAGACUCCCUUGCUGACCUCCACCGCUCUGAAGGGAAAGCCGCAGCUUCGGUGGGGAUCCCAAGAGUCUGGCUCCCAAUCAGAGUUUCUCCAGAGACAACCACAGUUGGGCUCUGAGUAUUUCCAGGAAGGGUUUCAGAGCCAGAAGCAGCAGGAAGAUGGCCAUAGACAGGGCAGGAGGCCGGAUCGGCUGCUUCUGAUGGAAGAUGAAGAGGAUAUGAUUGAGCAAGAGACAAGUGAGGAGGAGGAGGAGGAGGUGGAGAUCCUAGAAUGA